AUGACCAAAUCCGACGUGUGCUUGAUCGCCGAAGCCCAUGACACGGAGACCAGCAAUUCGACAUGGAAGGCACCGCCGGGCACCACGGCUUGGCGGUCUGAAGGGGCCUCGGCGGGGCAGGCCGGGGUCGGCGUGAUCGUUCGAGACACGUUCCUCCGAUUAUUCUCGGAACCUCCCCGCUGGGUCCACAUCUGGCGCGGUCGAGCCGCCAAGUUGUGUCUCCGGGGUACCCGCGGCGCUCUGGACCCGGCGGUGGUCUAUGCGCACGCGGGCAACCACAGCGCGCCUGAGGGAGCGGACCUUGACGGCGUCCCCGCCGCCAGGCAUGGCCACAUCCACUCCUACUUCGACCUGCGCUCCUGCUUGCGGUGCAAAGUGCGCGACGCCCUGGCUUCCCCCGAAGAUUGCCUCGCGGUGUUGGGGGGCGACUUCAAUUACGUCACCGAGGAAGAGGAUAGGAUUGCGCUGAACACGAUGACCUACACGGGGUACCGGGACAAUCGCGAUGAGCAGCAUUUUAAGGCGACCAUCGGCGACAGGUACAACCUCUCGGAGAUGUUCCAAGGCGAGCUCACCCACGCCUCGGCCUCCGCGCGGUCCCGCCUCGACCGUAUAUAUGCAAACUUCCCGUUGGCGGACCAGCUGGACAGGCGCAUCCGGUGCUCCGCGCUGGAGUGGCGGCACGACCUCUCCCACCACCGGGCGGCGAUGCGCCUGGUCGCAUCCCGCAUCGAAAGCGAGCGCUCGACGCCUCCGGCCGCUACCGCGCUUGAGGGCCGGCUGGGGUGCACCGUGAAAUUCAUCCGGGCAGCUGAAGCCGGCCGCGUUCACGAGAUCUCCACUUGCUUGCUGCGAUACCCUUCCCUGCGGGACCACGUGGACAACCCGUUCGUCGUCGAGGGCAACAUGUCCCGGCAUCUCCGCGGGGUCCGGCUACGCGCGAUCCAAUUGGCGAGGGAACACGCUAUCGACGAGCUCGGGAAGUCGCACGCCGACCUCACCAGCGAGGACGAUUUCCGCGCGACGCAGGCCCGGCAGAAGAACGCCCGCCUGAUUUACCGGCUUGCCCCAGGACGUGCCGGCGGUGUCUCAGCCGUGGAGCGGCCCGACGGGGAGGUGGUGACCUGUCCGGACGGGAAGGCUAAUGCUCUUCGUUCUCAUUGGGGGCAGGUGUUCAAAGCUAAGGGAAUCGACACGGCCUUGCUGCGCGCCUGGACGGACGAGGACGAGGACACCCGCCCACUCAGGGACGCG